AUGGUCGCGGGCUGGGGGCCAGCUCCGUGGUCGUCCUAGGUUAUUUCCGGAAGUGAAGGCGUUCGCUUUUUCUCUGUUUCCGAGGGGCUCCUGGCGGCUGGCGGUGACCAAGAGGGUCCCGGGACCAGCGGCGAGACUGGUCUCAAACUCCUGGACCCAGCUGACUCACCUCAGCUCCUGAACAGACUUUGAUGCUUUGCAGCAUUUUCCUGGGUCUGAAAGUUUUUAUGUCCCUGGAUACCAGAAUUUGCUGAGAUGGAGGAGCCUCAGAAAAAUGAUCUGAACACAACAGGCCAGGAGGAAGGUGACCAUCUCAAAGGCACCGGCCCUCAGAUUUCUGUUAGCGAGUUUUCUUGCCACUGCUGUUACGACAUCCUGGUUAACCCCACAACCCUGAACUGCGGCCACAGCUUCUGCCGACACUGCCUAGCACUAUGGUGGGUGUCUUCAAAGAAAACAGAGUGUCCGGAAUGCAGAGAGAAAUGGGAAGGUUUCCCCAAAGUCAAUAUUCUCCUCAGGGAUGCUAUUGAAAAGUUGUUUCCUGAUGCCAUUAGGAUGAGAGUUGAAGAUAUUCAGCAGAAUAAUGACAUAGUCCAAAGUCUGGCAUCCUUUCAAAAAUACGGAAUUGAUCAGAGUCCCUUAGCUCCCAACACAGGCCGAGUGAAUCAGCAGAGAGGAGGGGGAUUCUUCUCUGGUGUGCUCACAGCUUUAACUGGUGUAGCAGUGGUUCUGCUUGUGUAUCACUGGAGCAGCAGGGAAUCUGAGCAUGAUCUUCUGGUCCACAAGGCUGUGGCCAAAUGGACAGCAGAAGAAGUUGUCCUCUGGCUCGAGCAGCUGGGCCCUUGGGCCUCUCUCUACAGAGACAGGUUUUUGUCUGAAAGAGUAAAUGGAAGGUUGCUUUUAACUUUGACAGAGGAAGAAUUUUCCAGGGCACCAUAUACCAUAGAGAAUAACAGCCACAGAAGAGUCAUCCUCAUGGAGUUGGAGCGUGUCAAAGCCCUGGGCGUGAAGCCCCCUCAGAAUCUUUGGGAGUAUAAGGCUGUGAACCCAGGCAGGUCCUUGUUCCUGCUGUAUGCCCUCAAGAGCUCCCCAAGACUUGGCCUGCUCUACCUGUACCUAUUUGAUUACACAGACUCCUUCCUGCCCUUCAUUCAUACCAUCUGCCCUCUGCAGGAAGAUGGCUCUGGGGAGGACAUCCUCACCAAGCUUCUGGACCUGAGAGAGCCCACGUGGAGGCAGUGGAGAGAAUUCCUUGUCAAGUACUCCUUCCUCCCGUACCAGCUGAUUGCUGAAUUUGCCUGGGACUGGCUGGAGGUCCAUUACUGGACAUCACGCUUCCUCAUUGUCAAUGCCAUGCUGCUCUCAGUUCUGGAAUUAUUCUCUUUUUGGAGGAUCUGGUCAAGAAGUGAGCUGAGGACAGUGCCCCAGAGAAUGUGGAGCCAUUUUUGGAAAGUAUCAACUCAGGGGCUUUUUGUGGCCAUGUUCUGGCCCCUCAUUCCUCAGUUUGUUUGCAACUGUUUAUUUUACUGGGCCCUGUACUUCAAUCCAAUUAUUAACAUUGAUCUUGUGGUCAAGGAAGUCCGACGGCUGGAAACCCAAGUGUUAUGACUGGCAGCACCUCGACCCUGAGAGACUCCGCAGGUCUCCCGACAUCUGAGCUGUGAUGCUUCAAAGGGGUAAAGGAGGGAGUGGACUUCCUGUUUCUACCCCUUGUAAAGCAAGGUGCUGCUCUGUGUCAAGGUUUCAACCAGGUCCUCUUCCCUCUGUCUGUGGCACCAUUGACAGCCAAGGCUGUCACCAGCACAUACAGGAUUCUGUGGCCAACACCAAGCCACCCCUUCUUACAGGGACUUGGGAGGGUCAAGCUACUAGGACUCAGGGUCCUCAGACACAGUGUGGGGUAACAUGUCAGAAGGCCACCAUGCUCAGCAGUCCCAACCUCAGUGACUGACAGACUCCACAAACCAGGUUCACUGGGGCCAGGCCUAUCCUAUGAGUCAAGUUUAAGAAGACAGGGAUAAAGUGUCAUAGGUGUAGAUAGUUACGCAUAAGAAAUGCAAAGGAAAACCCAGAAUUCAAUCACAGUUGUCUUGUUGUAUAGUUGGUAGGUUUCAGAGUAAACUUGGAGAAAGCUUCAGGCUUCAAGUAAAGGAUACUUAGCUGUC